AUGUUGCAUAAAGGUGUGGGACAACAACAAGAACAUGAGCUCCAAUCGAAUGUUUUUGAAACUCUUCAAAACCAAGACAAUAUUUUAGGUUCUACACCUGUGUAUGACUUGGAUGGACUAGGACCAGAAAUUGCACUUCAAAAUCAAGUCCAAACCUCUGAGCUUAUACCAACUUCCUCAAACUAUACAAAUAAUGCUGUUCAAGAUAUUUCUAUGUAUCAAUCUUCAGAGAGCUCUUGGAUGCAGAAUGUUUUUAAUCCACAAUCUGAAGUGUUAAUGCAUCCAAAUUUCGACGAGCCACAAAUGUUUACUACUAAUCCAGCCAUGAAUUAUCAAAUCGCGCAAAGUUCCAGGUUGGAGCACCAGAACCAAAACUACAAUCAAAUUUCUGCUCCUAGCGUUUGGGGUUCACAAUAUGCUCCCAACUACAUCAUGCCAUCGCAAAAUCAGUUGUUAACUACACCAAUGUAUCAAGCAACUCAGAAUCCCCAAAUGUUGGUUGAUUCUUAUUCACAAUUUCAACUUCCAAUACAACAAACUUUUUCAUCAGAAGAUGUCAAUACUAGGCACUCUGCAUUAAUGCAUGCUCAAGAGAAUAACUCCCAAGUCAUAGUCCCUAGUGGUAACAUACAACAUACUGCUUUUGACCCAAUGCAACAAAUUUCAAUGUUCCAGAAUAGGCCAGAUGAAGUGAUUUACAAUGGAGAGAUGAGUAACAUUAAUUUCCAACCACAAACUGCUCCAUUUCAUGAGUCAAUAACUUCGUCUUUUGGCAUUCCAACUUCAGAGGAACUUAGCAUAAGAAUUUUUGGUCAUGUAGGCAUAGUGCCUAGUGAAGAAAAUAGUUUAAGGAAAGCAAAAAUAGAUGAGCAAAGAAGGAAUGAUGUAGGGACUCAAACUGUUUCAUGGGAUCAAUUUCUUGGGAAUACUCAAGGUUCCUCAUGGAAUGAAGUUCAUGCAAAUGCUCAAAUUGUUUCAAUGGAUGAAGUUCCUGCAAAUACUCAAAAUGUUUCGUGGGAUGAAAUUCUCGCAAAUAGUCAAACUAUUUUAAGGAAUGAAGUACCCGCUAAUCAAUGUGACAAAGGAAAACUUCCCGAAUCGCCAUCAACAGGGUUGGAGCACCGCAUCAAAAGUCAACUGUAUUAUUCUAAUAUUAGUGAAUCACAUGAUUCCCCCAAGAAUAUGCCACCCCAAAUGCAGCAAGUGGUUCCAGUUGUUACAACAGAUGGAGUUCAAGCAAAUCAAUGUGAUAAAGGAAAGCUUCCACAAUCUCCAUCAACUAGAAUACAUUCUGGGACAAUUCAGAGAAUUACAUACCUGAGACCUAAUCGAACGGUUACAAUCGUUCCUUCUUCUUCUUCUUCUUCACCUGCAACUCAACAAAAUCAAAAAGAAGUUUUGACUAAUCAAAAGGUUGAUGAUUCUAUAAAACAGGGAGAAAAAGAUAAUGAUCGUGUUCUACCUAGACGCCGUGGUCGUCCUCCAAAACGACGUGAGCAAGGAGAAAAUAAUUUGUCCAAACUCACAAAGAAACAAAAGAUUGGAAGUAGUUCUGUUGUAUCAGGAAAUAUCGAAACAACUUCUACACCUCAACAACAACAAAUGACCCUUGAAAAUGUGUCAAAUGUUCAAACCAGGAGAAAAUAUGAAAAUGCUAUUUUUCAUAAGAAUGAUGAUGGAUCCUUGGACCCCCAUAUUAGAAAGUUCAAAAAUCUAUUCGCAAAACAAGAUGAUAAUGAGGAUGAAAGAGCUACUGCUCUUGUAGAUGGAGUUGAUGUAACUCUACCUAUAAAUGAAGAGGAAAGAGUUAUUGGAUUGUUUAGGAGACCCAAUAAGAAAAUUGAAGAAGAUUAUUAUUAUAUUGAUGAAUUGGAUAGUUCAUAUCCAGAUGAAUCUGGUGAUAAUUAA